CUUUUUCUCCUACUCAUACCAUUCAACGAAUUCACUCUUAGACAAUCAUUGGAUUCACCUUUACUUUUCUUUAUUUUUUGCUAUCCGAAGCCGCCGUAUAUUCUAAGGUGCAUAACCAAUCUGUAAAUUUUUGUUCCCAACCACGACAUUCACACAGCUUGAUAAUCAAGAGCGAAGAAAUCAUACGCCACUUUCUAAAUAUUACAGAAACAAUUCAAGCAACAGAUAAGACGGCAACUCAAGCCACAAUCCACUCUUCACUCCCAACCGCAAUCAUGGCGAGUACUGAACCGCCAGCUCCUGCUACGUCGAACCGUCCGCCACGCCAUCGGCGCGGUCCUAGGAGAGGGGCACAUCGAGGAGGAGCAAACACAGUUACAGAGACGACUACAGAGGUGUCGAGUCCCGCUUUGGCGUUGCGACCUGCCUCUGUAGCUCCUGAAUCAAGUCCAGCACCCGCACAAUCUUCCAGCAGAGGUCGUGGCAGACGCGGAGGACAUGGAGGAUAUGGACGAGGAGGUCGAGGUGGCGGCGGCCGAGGAGGAUCACAGCUUAUGGUCAAUGGACAACGAGCAUUUGGAGGACAACUUACAUCUGCGGCUCCGCCAGCAAGUGAAGGUUCUCUCGCAGGAGAUGCACCAGAAUUCGUUCCUGGCCAACCAGUGGCCCCACGACCCCGCCAACCGCCAAACCCUCCCCAUCGUCGAAUGUCGAAAUCCCAAGCACCAGACAUUGCCACAAGAACCCACGAAGAUAUCGCAAAUGGACAAUACGAAUGUGUGAUCUGCACAAACGAAGUUCUUCCCAAUUCCAAGAUCUGGACAUGCAAGACUUGCUGGUCAGUUCUGCAUAUUUCGUGUGUGAAGAAAUGGUCUAAGAACGAGGUAUCUACACAUCAGCAGCGAGCUGUGGAUAACGGAGAGCUGCCACCUCCCAGACAAUGGCGAUGUCCAGGAUGUAAUCUUCCGAAGCGGGAGCUGCCGAACAAUUAUACAUGUUGGUGCGAGAAGGAGAUUGAACCUCGAUCAAUUCCUGGACUACCUCCUCAUUCUUGCGGUCAAUCUUGUGGAAAGUCAAGAGCUGGACACUGCCCACAUCCUUGCGAGCUUAUGUGUCAUGCUGGUCCUUGCCCUCCGUGCCAUAGCAUGGGACCUUCACUGUCUUGCUUCUGUGGAAAGGAGACGAGUUCCAGGAGAUGUAUUGAUACAAACUACGAAGCUGGAUGGAGUUGCGAGCAGGUGUGUGAUGAAUUGCUUCCUUGCGGCUUGCACACCUGCCAAAGAAGUUGUCAUGAAGGCUUGUGUGGAGACUGCGAUGUAAUGGUCGAGUCAAAAUGCUUCUGUGGAAGAGUGGAGAAAGAGUUACCCUGCUCAGAGCGCGAGGAUGAGAUGGAGAGUCAGAUUGAUGACAAGACCUGGAUGGGAUCAUUCAAUUGCGGAACAGAAUGUCGACGACCAUACGAUUGUGGAGUUGCGGAUCACGUCUGCGAAAGUACUUGUCAUCCUCAAGAUCCUGAACCUGCUCAUUGUCCCUUCUCACCAGAUGUCGUUACCCAUUGCCCUUGUGGCAAGACUCCCAUCGACAGUCUAAUUCCUGAACCUCGAAAGGACUGUACAGAACCGAUACCACAAUGCCUAGAGAAGUGCCAGAAAGCACUCUCCUGUGGACAUGUCUGCCAACAGAUUUGCCAUAAUGGAGAGUGCAAAAGAUUCUGCACGCAAACCGUCGACAUUACAUGUCGCUGUGGCCGAACAAGUUCAAAGUCUGUCUGCCACCAAGGUACUGAUGAACCACCAAUGUGUCCUCGGGUCUGUCGGGCUACAAUGAAUUGUGGUCGCCACGAAUGUGGUGAAAGAUGCUGCCCUGGGGAGAAGCGGGCUGGCGAACGACAAGCUUCAAAGCGUAAGCAUCGAGCUUUGAACGCUGCUCCAACAGGUGACGACAACGUUGAGCCUGAGCAUAUUUGCCUCAGAACCUGUGGUCGAGCUUUGAAAUGUGGCAACCACUCUUGUGCAUUACUAUGUCAUAAGGGGCCAUGUGCAUCAUGCCUAGAAGCUGUUUUCGAAGAAAUCAGCUGUGCUUGUGGUAGAACUGUACUCCAGCCUCCUCAACCAUGUGGAACAAGCCCUCCGGAAUGCAGGUUCGAUUGCACACGACCAAGUACCUGUGGUCAUCCACCAGUCAAGCAUCAAUGCCACGAAGAUGACGAAUCAUGCCCGAAAUGUCCAUUCCUGGUUGAGAAAGGAUGUCUUUGCGGCAAGAAGACUCUGAAGAAUCAGCCUUGCUGGUUCUCCGAAGUCAGUUGUGGUCUGCCCUGCGGCAAGAAGCUGAAAUGUGGUAUACAUUUUUGUACGAAGCCUUGUCACCGUCCGGGUCAAUGUGAGGAUGCUACUUGGCCUUGUCAACAGCCGUGUGGACGUCAAAAGACUGUUUGCUCGGAUUCUUGCCAAGACAAAUGUCACGCUCCAUAUCCAUGCAAGGAACUCACUCCCUGCCAGGCCAAGACGUUCAUCACUUGUGCUUGCCAGCACCAAAAGCAGGCUGUCAAAUGUCUUGCUUGCAAAUCCUCACCUGGCAAUACCGAUAAGACAUUGGAAUGCAAUGACGAGUGCUUGAAGAUUCAACGUAAUGCCAAACUUGCCGCGGCUCUCAACAUCGAUCCAGCAACUCAUAUGGAUGACCAUAUCCCCUAUUCGCAAGAGACACUUGACUUCUUUACUCAAAACCAGAAGUUUGCUCAGCAAUACGAGCGCGAGUUCCGAGUUUUCGCAGCCGAUGAGAAGGAAAAGAGACUUCGAUUCAAGCCAAUGCAAGCCCAUCAACGAGGAUUCUUGCACUCUCUUGCAGAAGACUUUGGCCUAGAUUCAGAAUCUCAAGAUCCGGAACCUCAUCGCCAUGUCUGCAUCUUCAAGACUCCAAGAUUCGUCUCAAGUCCGAUGAAGACUCUCGCUCAAUGCGUCAGACUCAGACCCGUAGUUGCUGCUCCUGAACCAGCUACACUUUCCAAGUCUUCAAUUUCGAAUGUAGAGCCAUUCAAUGCGUUUUUAUUGACAAACCCCAAAUUCGGAUUGACGAUUGAUGAACUUCACGCUGAUCUCAAAACCGAACUCUCUUCUUCCACUCACGUCUUCGAAAUCUCUUUCUUGCCAUCCGGAGAUGUAGUAUUACGUCCUUCGACCGCCGUCACUGGAUCCUGGCAUCAGAACAUCGAGAAAGAUCUCCAAGCCCUGAAACCCGGCGUUGCUAAGAAAGUCGCGGCUCUCUCGCUAGCUUCCGGCACUAUUCUCUGUGCAGUAGAUACCUAUCUCAAUGUCCUGAAGAGGGAAGAUGACAACACAGGUGCAGGAGGUUGGAGUCAGGUAGCGAAAGGUGGAGCGUUGACGAAGAGACCUGUGCAAACAAACAUAGGCGUCAAGAGUUCGUUUACUGUUCUAGGAAAGAAGAGAGAAGUGGUGAAGGAGAAAAAAGAGAAAGUUGAAGAUGCGGUUGAUGAUUGGGAGAAGGAGGUUGAGGGGUGGGGUGAUGUAUGAGUGCUAGGUCGUGGACGUUGUGUUGAUGUAGAAUAAGUGGAGUAAUGAAAUGCAGAUAUUUAGGUGUAAGGUUUGGUG